AUGUUUAAAGAUGCAGCAACCUAUGACGACAAGAUCAACAUUGAUGAAGUGGACCAGUUGAACUCAGAGGUUCCCACAGGUCUGUCCGCCCGACAGCAUCAAACCCAGCUGGACUCCAUAUUUACGCUGCUGCAGGACAACAUUGUCACAUAUGUAAAGAACGAGCUGAAGAAGAUCCAGAAGGUUCUGAGUCCAGAUGACCCAGUUUGCUCAGAGAUUCAGAGAAAUGAUGAGGAGGUGUUAGAAGGUGAGGAUAAAGAGCAGAGGAGGAGCAGCAGAGAGGCACUCAUGAAGAUCACUCUGAACUUCCUGAGGAGGAUGAAGCAGGAGGAGCUGGCUGACCGUCUGCAGAGCAAACAACUUGCUGCAGUUUGUCAACAUAAAGUUAAAUCUGGUCUGAAGGAGAAGUUCCAGUGUAUGUUUGAGGGGAUCGCUAAAGCAGGAAGUCCAACUCUUCUGAACCAGAUCUACACAGAGCUCUACAUCACAGAGGUAGGGACUGGAGAGGUCAAUGAUGAACAUGAGGUCAGAAAGAUUGAAAUAGCAUCCAGGAAACCACACAGACCAGAAAUAACCAUCAGACAAGAAGACAUCUUUAAAGUCCCACCUGGAAGAGAUCAACCAAUCAGAACAGUGAUGACAAAGGGAGUGGCUGGCAUUGGGAAAACAGUCUUAACCCAGAAGUUCACUUUGGACUGGGCUGAAGGCAAAGCCCAUCAGAACAUCCAGUUGAUAUUUCCAUUCACCUUCAGAGAGCUGAAUGUGCUGAAAGAGAAAAAGUUCAGCUUGGUGGACCUUGUUCAUCACUUCUUUACUGAAACCAAAAAAAUCAGCAGCUUUGAACACUUCCAGGUUCUGUUCAUCUUUGAUGGUCUGGAUGAGAGUCGACUUCCUCUGGACUUCCAGAACCAGGAGAUCCUGACUGAUGCUACAGAGUCCACCUCAGUGGAUGUUCUGCUGACAAACCUAAUCAAGGGGAAACUGCUUCCCUCUGCUCACCUCUGGAUAACCACACGACCUGCAGCAGCCAAUCAGAUCCCUCCCGAGUGUGUUGGCAUGGUGACAGAGGUCAGAGGGUUCACUGACUCACAGAAGGAGGAGUACUUCAGGAAGAGAUUCAGAGUAAAUGAGCAUGCCAGGAAGAUCAUCUCCCACAUGAAGACAUCAAGAAGCCUCCACAUCAUGUGCCACAUCCCAGUCUUCUGCUGGAUAACUGCUACGGUUCUGGAGGACGUGUUGGAGACCAGAGAGGGCAGAAAGCUGCCCAGCACCCUGACUGAGAUGUACAUCCACUUCCUGGUGGUUCAGACUAAGGUAAUGAAGGUCAAGUAUGAUGGAGGAGCUGGAACAGGUCCACAUUGGAGUCCAGAGAGCAGGAAGAUGAUUGAGUCUCUGGGAAAACUGGCUUUCGAUCAGCUGCAGAAAGGAAACCUGAUCUUCUAUGAAUCAGACCUGACAGAGUGUGGCAUCGAUAUCAGAGCAGCCUCAGUGUACUCAGGAGUGUUCACACAGAUCUUUAAAGAGGAGAGAGGGCUGUACCAGGACAAGGUGUUCUGCUUCAUCCAUCUGAGUGUUCAGGAGUUUCUGGCUGCUCUUCAUGUUCAUCGGACCUUCAUCACCUCUGGUGUCAACCUGAUGGAAGAAACACAAACAUCUAAAUUGUCUUUAUUUUCUAAGAAACCUAAACUAAAGUGUCUUCACCAGAGAGCUGUUGAUCAGGCCUUACAGAGUCCAAAUGGACACCUAGACUUGUUCCUUCGGUUCCUCCUGGGACUUUCACUGCAAACCAAUAAGAGAUUCCUACAAGAUCUGCUGACACAGACAGGAAGUAGCUCACAAACCAAUCAGGAAACAGUUCAGUACAUCAAACAGAAGAUCAAUAAGAAUUUGUCUGUAGAGAAAAGCAUCAAUCUAUUCCACUGUCUGAAUGAACUGAAUGAUCGUUCUCUAGUGAGGAAGAUCCAACAGUCUCUGAGUUCCAGACGUCUCUCCACCGAUAAACUGUCUCCAGCUCAGUGGUCAGCUCUGAUCUUCAUCUUAGUGUCAUCAUCAGAAGAUCUGGAUGUGUUUGACCUAAAGAAAUACUCUGCUUCAGAGGAGGUUCUCCAGAGGCUGCUACCAGUGGUAAAAGGCUCCAACAAAGCUCUACUGAGUGGCUGUAACCUUUCAGAGAGAAGCUGUGAAGCUCUGUCCUCAGUUCUCAGCUCCCAGUCCUCCAGUCUCAGAGAACUGGACCUGAGUAACAACAACCUGCAGGAUUCAGGAGUGAAGCUUCUCUCUGUUGGACUUGAGAGUCCAAACUGCAAACUUGAAACUCUCAGACUGAAUGGCUGUAACCUUUCAGAGAGAAGCUGUGAAGCUCUGUCCUCAGUUCUCAGCUCCCAGUCCUCCAGUCUAAGAGAACUGGACCUGAGUAACAACAACCUGCAGGAUUCAGGAGUGAAGCUUCUCUCUGCUGGACUUGAGAGUCCAAACUGCAAACUGGAAACUCUCAGACUGAAUGGCUGUAACCUUUCAGAGAGAAGCUGUGAAGCUCUGUCCUCAGUUCUCAGCUCCCAGUCCUCCAGUCUCAGAGAACUGGACCUGAGUAACAACAACCUGCAGGAUUCAGGAGUGAAGCUUCUCUCUGCUGGACUGGAGAGUCCACACUGCAAACUGGAAACUCUCAGCUUGUCAGGCUGUCUGAUCUCAGAGGAAGGCUGUGCUUCUCUGGUCUCAGCUGUGAGCUACAACCCCUCCCAUCUGAAAGAGUUGGACCUGAUCUAUAAUCAUCCAGGAGACUCAGGAAUAAAGCUGCUGUCAGCUGGACUGAAGGAGCCACACUGGAGACUUGAAGCUCUGAGGGUGGAGCCUACUGGAGUCCAAUAUUUGACACAGGGUCCAUGGAAGUAUUCCUGCCAACUCACAAUCGACACAAAUACAGUGAACAGAAACCUCAAACUGUCUGAAGACAACAGGAAGGUGACAUAUGUGGAGGAACUUCAGUCAUAUCCUGAUCAUCCAGACAGAUUUGAUCAUCCUCAGCUGCUGUGUAGAACUGGUCUGACUGGUCGCUGUUACUGGGAGGUCAAGUGGAGAGGAGGAGUUGAUAUAUCAGUGAGUUACAGAAAAAUCAGGAGGAAAGGAGACAGUAGAAACUGUUGGUUUGGACUGAAUGAUCAGUCCUGGAGGCUGAGAUGCUCUGAUCAUCAUGGUUACUCUGUCUGGCACAAUAACAGACAAACCUCCAUCCCCUCUUCCUCCAUCUCUAACAGAGCGGCAGUGUAUGUGGACUGUCCUGCUGGUAUUCUGUCCUUCUACAGAGUCUCCUCUGACUCACUGAUCCACCUCCACACCUUCAACACCACAUUCACUGAACCUCUGCAUCCUGGGAUUGGGUUUUUGUGGCUCAGUUCUGGUUCCUCAGUUUGUUUGUGCUAA